GGUGGGGGUAGGGGUGGGGUGAGAUCGGCGAGCUGCGCGCGUGCGCACAAGCUACCACGCGGGAAGUCCAUCCCUCUGGCCUGGACCCUCAGCAUGGAAGAGAUCGGAUGCCCAGAGGCAGGGCUGGCGGGGCCAGAGGUAGCCGUGGCUACUGAACCCGCGGUGCCCUCCCUGGUGGAUCGAUACUUCACUCGCUGGUAUAAAGCGGAUGUUAAAGGAAAACCCUGUGAGGACCACUGUAUACUACAACACUCCAACCGAAUAUGUGUCAUCACACUGGCAGGAUCCCAUCCCGUUCUUCAGAGUGGCAAAACUAUUCAAAGUAUUUCCUAUCAGAUCAGUACCAACUGCAGCAGGCUUCAGAACAAAGUCUCUGGGAAAUUUAAGCGGGGGGCACAGUUUCUAACAGAGCUCGCCCCUCUGUGUAAGAUAUACUGCUCCGAUGGAGAAGAAUAUACCAUAUCUAGCUGUGUUAGAGGUCGACUGAUGGAAGUGAAUGAGAAUAUUCUUCACCAGCCAUCUCUUCUUCAAGAGAAGCCAUCCACCGAAGGCUACAUUGCAGUUGUGUUACCCAAAUUUGAGGAAAGUAAAAGUGUAACAGAAGGGCUGCUGACUCAGCAGCAGUAUGAGGAGGUCGUGGUGAAGCGGAAUAAUGCCACAGCCACAUCAUGAGCCUUGAGACGGAGGGACAGCAUCGGAGUCUCACCCUGCCUGGCCUCAACCCUCACUGCACUGAAGAAAGCCAGUGAAUGGGAAGCAUUCCUCACACGGCCACAGGAGAAGCGUCGUUCUUCACCCCACCUAAGUCCCCUCCUUUGUCUGAACGUCACAAGCCUUGACUCCCCCUUUGUAGUCAAGCUCUCCGAUCUGCCCUACCUAGGUACCGUUAGGUUGGGACGUGCAGUUGUGGGUGUUCGCCUGCAUAUGUACAUCAGAAAACAACUUUGAAUGCUUUUUUACCUUGUGUUAGACAGUCUCUCAUUGACUUGGAACUUUGCCAGACAGCUCAUGAGCUUCCAGGGAGACACCCAUCACCUCUGCCUCCCAUCUUGCAAGGCCAGUAUUACAAAUGCACACACCAUAGCCAACUUUUAUAUGAGCCAGAAAAUCCAAACUCAGGUCCUUAUGCGUUCAAGGUGUAUUACUCUUCAGUUGCUGUGAUAAAAUACCAUAACCAAAAGCAACUUCCCCAAGAGUUUAUAUGGGUUUAUAGUUCCACAGGAUUAGAUGCCCAUCCUAGCGAGAAGGCAUGGUAGCAAGAACAGGAAGCUGAGAUCACAUCUCCACCAUACACAAAAAGCAGAGUAAGCCCGAAGUAGGGUGAGGUUAUUAACUGCCCCGGUGAUGUAAUUCUCCCAGCAAGACUUCUUUUCCUAAAAGUUCCACCGACUGGGGACCAACUGUUCAAAUACAUAAGUCUAUGGGGUUAUUUUUUAUCACUCUUCCACAUUCUUCCCAUGAUGCCUUUAUACCCAUAUUGGGCUGGAGAGCUUCUCUCCAGAUCCUACCAAGCCCCGGCAGUCCAACAGCCCACUUAUAAAAUAAACACAUAGAUGCUUAUAUUAUUUACAAACUGUA